ACAGACGGCGCAGGAGGAUGUGUUCCCCACGAGCUCACCGGUGCCCUUGAGUGCACUGAACAGCAGCAGUCACUACCUGGCGUGGGUGCAGGCCAGCAAUGCACUGGGCAUGGCACGCUCAGCCCCUCAGCACCUCGACCUGCAGCAGCUGGUGGUGCCCACUUUGCCUGUGGCCGAGGGCGCGGAGACGACUGUGGGGUCAGCUCCCACCACCACCAUCCAUUGGCAACAGCAGACGGAGCUGCAGGACGUGCACUGCGAGGAGCGGCACAAGGCUGCGGGUGCUGCAGAGUGGCAUGUGACAGCAUGGGACAGUGCAGUGCAGCAUGGACACCAGCUUCAGAGUGCAACCUGCUACGUGUUCCAGGCUCGGUGCCGGCUCAGCGCUGCUGGCAGCCCCUGGAGUGCUUGGGGCCCGUCCUUCACCUACAGCACACCUGAGGCUGCCCCCGCGGCGGCUCCCGACGUAUGGCGGCGGCUGGGCCGGCUGUUUCCCAACGGCAGCCACGAGGUGACAGUCUUGAUCAAGCCGCCCCGCGAUGCCGGCGCCCCCAUCCUGGGUUACAUGGUGUGGGCUGGAGCCUCGCGUCCCGUCUGCAACACGUCGAGCACCGCCUGCAGCCUCCUCCUGCCUCCAGCGCUGCGCGACCUCCGCGUCACCGCAUACAACGCCCGGGGGGCGUCCAGCCCCGCCCGCCUGACGCUCCGCCGGGACCCCAGCCCGGAAGCCUUCCCACCACCCCUGGCUGUGGAUGUGCAGCGUGAGAACCAGAGCACCAUCUCCGUGGCCUGGCAGCCCCCCCGGCACAGCGGGACCCCCCCACUCUGCUUCAUAGUGGAGUGGGUUUGUACAGCUCUGUACAGCCACGAGGAAGAGUUCUUUUGGAAGAAAGUCCCAGGCCAGGACACCCACACCUACAUCCAAGAGGACACAGCAGCAGGAAGCCACAUCAAUGUGUCAGUGUAUGCAGUCUACCCAGAUGGAGCAAGCAAGCCAAGCUCUGGCCACGUUUCUUCAGAGGACCAGAUGUUGGGCAUCAUCUACCAGGAGGAUUUGCAUGAUGCUGACAUCAGGUUUCCCCUGGGAAUGGCCGUCACCAUGGUCAUAUUAUCGGUGGUUCUGGUGAUUCUGAUGUUUAAAAAACCAGCUCGAAAAAGGUAUCACUUUUGUCACACAUUUUUCCCCCUUAUUUCCAACUCAUGCUUUUUUUCUGGUAUAUUUUACCACUAACUACAGCAA